AUGUUGAAUAAAAACUCGAAAAAAGGAUUCAAAGAAAAAAUUGUACAAUAUUACAUUGAUUUGAUAAAGGAUGAAGAAUCAUCGAAUGAAAAUUUUUGGAAUGAAUUUUUUCUACUUAAGGCAAACGGAACAGCAUUAAAACAAGAACUGGAUAAAAUUGAAAACUUCGAUAAUGUUAAAAAAAUUGUUAAUAUUUUGUUUGAGAAAAGUAUCGAAGCAUUACAGGAUUCGAAUCAAUUACGUAUACUUAAUGGAUUGGUUACAUUAUUUACAAUUUCACAUCAUAUUUUUUUUACAUUAAAAUUAUUUCUUUGUGAUAAUGAUGAAAAUUCUCAACGUAUUCGUGAAGAAUUUGUUGAAAAUAUUUGUCUUUUAUUGUUCAACGAUGAUAUACAUUCCGGUUUGAAAAGUAUUUCAUUAAAAUUAUUGGCAAUAAUAACAACAGUAAUUAAGAAAUUCAUUACAGCAAACGAAGAGAAAAUCUAA